CCUGCGCGGGGCCGCUUCGGGGGAACUAUGGGGAAAGAUUAUUAUAAAAUCCUGGGGAUAGUGAAAGGAGCGGCUGACGAGGACAUUAAAAAGGCAUACAAAAAGCAGGCUCUGAAAUGGCACCCGGACAAAAACAAGGCGGCCAACGCCGAGGAGAAAUUUAAGGAGAUCGCCGAGGCAUAUGAAGUCAUCAGUGAUCCGAAGAAAAGAGAGAUAUAUGAUCAGUAUGGAGAAGAAGGUAGGAUAUGACACUCUCCACCUUUCAUUGUGGUCAUUUUAUUCAGAUGUUUUAUUAAUGCCCGGGUUACUUGUCAUUUCAUCCACUCCAUAAUUUAGCACACGGCAGAAAAUAUUGCUGUGCGUAUAAUAGAAUUGGCCAUUAUACAAGUCAUACAGACCGACAUUUGACCCCCACUGGUUAGAGGAGACCACAGCAGUUCACUCAAUUUUAUUUAUUCAUACAAUGUAUGAUAAUAAUAAGACAAUAAGCAGACAUUUCCCCCUGUUGUCAGGGUGGCAUACAGCCCAUAAUAUGCAGACAUGGCUCUUGGUUGGUCAGAAAUACAGUAUAUGUCAGAUUGUAUUAGUUUUAGGCUACUGUCAAUUACAUUAAUUGAUAUUGAACACGUCAAACAUGGGUAAUGUUACCAGCCGAAGGCAUCAUAAAUCCCUUUCAAAUAGCAGUUGGGAAAGAGCGGAUUUGCCAUGGUGGGAAGAAUCCACUGACCUGCCCCGUGUGGCAGAUUAAUUUACUGUUUGACCGGAGCAGCAUCAAUGUAGGUUUAUGAACUUACUGUUUGACCAGAGCAGCAUCAAUGUAGGUUUAUGAACUUACUGUUUGACCAGAGCAGCAUCAAUGUAGGUUUAUGAACUUACUGUUUGACCGGAGCAGCAUCAAUGUAGGUUUAUGAACUUACUGUUUGACCAGAGCAGCAUCAAUGUAGGAUUGCAACCCUUUCCCUGUGUGGUACAGUCUGCAUGGUUAUUCUGUGACUGUACAGAUCACAGACACGAUACGUUCAGAGCAGUUGAUUUAGGAGGUUGCACUUUUGGGACUAUUCAAUUGGUUCUAUUAUACCGGGCAAACUCAAGCACAGCUCAAGGAUUUAAAAGAUAUUUGACCCAUGUCUGGUGCAGUACAUCUAUAUUAUUUGAACUGUUGAUGACUCCAGUGUCCCCCCCAUCAAAACAUAGGUUAUCAUCAUUAUCUGAACCGUUGAUGACUUCAGUAUCCUUGUUCCCCCUGUUGUCCCUCAGGUCUCAAAGGAGGAGGCGGUGGCCCAGGCAGCGAUCCAGACGGACAGGGCAGCAACUUCACCUCCUACACGUUCCACGGUGACCCCCACGCCACCUUCGCCACCUUCUUCGGCGGCGCCAACCCCUUCGAGAUGUUCUUCGGCCGCAAGGCCAACGGGCGCGGUCCGGGCGGCGGGGACGACGAGGACAUGGAGGUGGACGGCAACGACCCGUUCGGUUCAUUCACCUCGUUUAAUCUCAACGGGUUCCCUCGGGACCGCCACGUGGGGAUUGGCGGGCAGCAGAGGAGGAAGCAGGACCCGGCCAUCCAUCACGAGCUGCGGGUAACACUGGAGGAAGUGUUUCAUGGUUGCACCAAGAGGAUGAAGAUCAGCAGGAAGAGGAUGAACCCAGACGGACGGACCAUGAGGACGGAGGAUAAAAUACUCACCAUAGAGAUUAAGAGAGGAUGGAAGGAAGGAACCAAGAUCACGUUCCCCAGAGAAGGGGACGAAUCGCCCAACACCAUCCCUGCUGAUAUCGUGUUCCUCAUCAAGGACAAGCCACACGCACAUUUUAGGAGGGAGGGGUCGGAUAUCGUGUACCCGGUGAAAGUUAGUCUACGGCAGGUGAGAUGUGUUUUGCUUGGCGGAUCUUGGUGGCCCGCCUUAUCAAAGUAA